CUUUACGCACGGGGACGUCGAAGUGGCGCUAACAGGUGCGCACACAGAAGGGAUGAGGACACAGCUGCUGCUGCUCCUGCUGCCGCUGCUCCUCUGCUGCUCCGCCGGGGAGGCCCAGCAUGACGCGGUGAGGGAGUACUUCAUCGCAGUGGUGGAGGUCGGAUGGGACUACAUCCACCUGGACGCGUCCGAGCAAAGAGGAAACCUCAAAAACAUUCCUCAGAAAUACAUCAAGGCGGUUUACAGGGAGUACACAGAUGCUGCGUUCACUGUCCCCAGACCGAGACCAGCCUGGACAGGUAUUCAGGGCCCAGUGAUUGUGGCCCAGGCUGGGGAGAGAGUGGUGGUCCACUUCAAAAACCUGGCGUCUCAGCCCUACAGCAUCAGCCCUGUGGGGAUCACCUACUGGAAGCAGUCCGAAGGAGCUGGAUAUGAUGACUCCACUGCUGGUCAGGAGAAGGAGGAUGAUGCCGUCCAGCCCGGCGGAUAUUAUGAGUACGUCUGGGACAUCAGCCUCAGCGAUGGCCCGACCAUCAGUGAUCCUGACUGCCUCACGUACUCGUACUCCUCCCAGGUGGACACGGUGCGAGACAUGAACUCUGGACUCAUCGGCGCCCUGCUCAUCUGCAAAUCAAGCGCUUUCACAGAGGACGGCCAGAGGAGAUUCCAGGCAUUUGUCCUUCUGUUUGCCGUGUUCGAUGAGACUAAAAGCUGGUAUGGAGAGGUGGGGGAGAGAACGAGCAGGGAGAAGUUCAGGAGAAGUGAUGGCAGGAACGAAUACCACACCAUCAAUGGAUACGUCAACGCCACUUUACCUGGUUUAACAGUGUGUCAGGGUAAUGACCUGGUGUCUUGGCAUAUGAUCGGGUUGGGCACUACUCCAGAAAUCCACUCCAUUCGCUUCCAGGCUCACACACUGCAGGUACUGACCCAUCGUAAAGUCACAGUGGAAGUGACUCCAAUGACAUUCAUCACUGCAGAAAUGAGACCAGCAACCAAGGGCCAGUUCCUCAUCAGCUGUCAGAUCCACGCUCAUCGAUAUGAUGGCAUGAAUGCAUUGUUUACGGUGGAGAAAUGCCCGGAACCCGUCACCAAGGAACUGCGCAAAGUUAAAGAAGAAGUUAUUGACUAUGAUUAUGCGUUCGAGAUACGACAAUCUCCAACAAAAAAGCCACAAGUCCAACCCAGAUCCGGCGGAGGACCGAGCCGCUCGUUCUUAAACCACUAUAUUGCUGCUGAGGAAGUCACCUGGAACUACGCUCCUCAUCUGAAACCCACAGACAGUGAAUUACAGUCCAGAUAUUUGCCUGCUUCUCCCCAUCACCUUGGCUACACAUAUAAGAAGGUUGUGUAUGUUGAAUACACAGAUCACACCUUCACUGUGAGGAAGAAUCCCUCUCAGACUCUGCUGGGUCCCCUACUGAAAGGAAGAGUCAAUGAUCAAAUCUAUAUUGCUUUUAGAAACUUAGCCAGUCGCCCUUUCAAUAUCUACCCCAAUGGCCUGACCACCGUCCUUCCAGGACCGGGAUACACUGAUGCUGCUGGGCUUGACCUGCGUACAUUGGGAGUUCCACCCAACAGGACGUUUGUGUACAUUUGGAAGCUAACUUCAGAUGACGGACCUUUGGAUGGAGACCCCCAGUGCCUGACUCAGCUGUAUCAAAGCACCAUCUCCCCAGAGCAGGACCUGGCCUCGGGGUUGGUGGGAACCCUACUCAUCUGCAAGCACAAGGCUAUUGACCGCAGAGGAAAUCUGCUGGGCCCCGACCAGAAACAAAGUCUCAUAUUUGCUGUGUUUGAUGAGAACAGAAGUUGGUACUUUAAGGAAAACAUGAAGAGGUCAACUCAAAGCUCCUACAACACCACAGACCCGGAGUUCUAUGAGUCCAAUGUCAUCUACAGUAUAAACGGCACCAUGUUUAGCGGGCGUCAGUUUGUCAUGUGUCAUACGGAUGUUCCCUUCUGGCACGUGGCCAACGUGGGAACCCAGAGUGAUUUCCUCUCCGUCUAUUUCACCGGAAACCUGUUUCAGUACCAAGGCCUCUACCAGUCUGUUCUCACCCUCUUCCCCAUGACGGCUGUAACUAUUCCCAUGGAGGCAGAAAAGAUUGGUGAGUGGGAGAUAAGUGCCUUUGACAGCAAGCUUAGAAAUCGGGGAAUGACGAUCCGCUACACUGUCCGUGUCUGCAGAGAGUUUUCUCUGGUCGACCGCCAGGAGGAUGAAGAUAUCUCUGAAUAUAUGGACAAUGCACUUUUGCAACCGAGGGGCUUGAGACCUCAGAAUGGCACAAUGUUGGUUCGAGUGUGCAAAAAACCUGUCGCCAACAACACUAUUGGUCAAAAUGUAACUUUGGGUGAAGACGCACAUGGCCUGUGUCAGCUGAAGAGAGUGCCGGUGGCGUCAGUAAAAAGGGAAGAAGUUCCCUCCGAGGUGGGGAUCCCAGAAGAUGUCCUGGAAGAAGUAGAGAGAGAUGGGGGCUGGGCAACUCCUGAAAAUAUGACGAAAGCAGAAAAAAACAGAGGUGGGAGACAGAAACGAGAGGCAGGUGGGAACUGGACAGAGAACAAUGACAUCAUACUAAAUGGUGAUGCAUCAGAAAGUCAACAGGUCCUCUCUGAAAACUUAAUCUCUCCGGUGGAGGAAAUGGGUGAAAACUACAUCUAUUCAGAAUCCGAGGGUCUUUUAGAUGAUCUGUUGGAUCUGGAAUACAACUUCACUGAUAGCAGCACAACAGAGGUCAAUCUGUCCUUUGCGUAUGAUGACUACAACAGUGAGGUGAACGGUUCAUCACAAAUAUUUGGCAUGGGCUUAGCUGGUCCGCGCUCUGGAGAAACCAAACCCCGCAAUUACUACAUCGCCGCAGAUGAAAUCACAUGGGAUUAUGGCAUCAAAACACCGUAUCAACUCAUUAAACCCAGAGAGAUGCGUCGAGGGAUGAGGAAGUUCCUUCCUCAAUAUACAAAGGUGGUGUAUCGCGCUUACGUGGAUAAAGACUUCAAGCAGCCCAUCAUCAGAGGAGAGCUUGAGGAACACUUGGGAAUCAUGGGACCUGUCAUCAGAACUGAAGUGAACGAUCUCCUCACAGUGACCUUUAAGAACAAUGCCAAGAGACCCUACUCCCUUCAUCUUCAUGGAGUGUAUGACCGCAUCCAGCAUGUUAGCUCCGCACAGAGCAGUGCAUCCUUUGGUAUUCCUGGAGAACCUGUACCUCCAGGACAGACCCGGACUUACAACUGGAAAAUUAGUGAGAAACAAGGACCCUCUGAUCCUGAGUUUAACUGCAAGACUGGAGCUUACUACUCCACUGUGGACAAGGAGAGGGACCUUCACUCUGGUCUGAUUGGUCCCCUUGUGAUCUGUAAGUCUGGAACCUUGCAGACUUUCAAAUGGCAGAAUAGCCUCAAUAUGCAACCAGACAUCCAGGAUUUCUCCCUGCUCUUCCACACCUUUGAUGAAACUAAAAGCUGGUACCAUGAAGAGAACCUGCUGAGGUACUGCUCUCCCCCCUGUCAGGCCAACACACAGGAUCCCUGGUACCACACCAGCAAUAAGUUUGCAGCCAUAAAUGGCUAUGUGGCCGAGACUCUUCCUGGUUUGGUUCUGGCCCAGCAUCAGCCAGUGAGGUGGCACCUUCUUAAUGUUGGAGGCGACAGAGAGUUCCAUGCUGUUCACUUCCAUGGUUUGCCUUUCACUGUCCAUGCUAAACAAGAACAUCGUAUGGGUGUCUUCAACCUGUUUCCUGGUGUUUUUGGCACGGUGGAGAUGAAACCUCCGACGGUUGGGACAUGGUUAGUGGAGUGCACCAUCGGUGAAUACCAGAUGGCUGGGAUGAGAGCCAAACUCUUGGUCUAUGAUCCAAAAUGUGUUUUACCUCUGGGAAUGAAAUCAGGGUGGAUUGAAGACUCCCAGAUUACAGCGUCAGAUCACAGCGGUAACUGGGAGCCAAGGCUGGCAAGACUUGAUAUGACUGGUUUUUAUAACGCCUGGAUGGGAAAAGGCAAAAAUUCGUGGUUGCAAGUUGAUCUUCUGAGGCCGACCCUGUUACAUGGCAUCAAGACACAAGGAGUGAGCUCGAAGCUGAGGGACCACUUCACCGCCACCUUCAAAGUGUCUUACAGCCUCGACCAAGAGACUUGGACCACUUACAGGGGAAACAGCUCUAUUAACACCAGGAGGUUUCGUGGCAACCUGGACAGCACCAAGACAAAGGACAACAGAUUCUCUCCGCCAUUAGUGGCUCGCUACAUCAGGAUCCAUCCACACGACUUCAAGCAGAAACCCGCUCUGCGACUGGAGCUGCUGGGAUGUGAUCUGAACAGCUGCUCUCUGCCUUUGGGACUUGAAAAGGGGAGCAUUCCUGACAGCAGCUUUGACGCCUCAUCGUUUCAGUCGUCUUUCCUGCGUAGCUGGAGACCCUCCCUCGCACGCCUGCACCAGAGCGGUGGAGCCAACGCCUGGAGGCCAAAGAACAACAACCCCCACGAGUGGCUGCAGGUGGAUUUGGGGAAGGUCAAACGGAUCACAGGCAUCAUCACGCAAGGCGCGCGCUCGAUGCUGACCCAGAUGAUGGUAACAGAGUUCUCUGUCACAUUCAGUCUAGACCAACAUUCCUGGAGCAGCGUGUUGGAGGAGAGCUCCCAGAGAGAAAAGAUCUUCACAGGCAACAACGAUCCGGACGAGGAAGUUUUCACAGUGUUUGAGCCUCCCUUGUUCGCCCGCUACCUCCGUAUCCAUCCACGGGGCUGGCUCAACGACAUCGCCCUCCGCCUGGAGGUUUUGGGCUGCGACACCCAGCGGGGGGUCAAACUGCCCCGGCAGUAAACACUGGCGCCAGCAGCAGCAGCUUUUUGGACCUUUUGUUUUCUGUGAAUUUUGCUGGAGAUUGAGAUAAUGUAGCACACUUAAGUUACAAUUUGAAGCUGUUCCCUCUGUAGCCAGAACAUUGUUUACAUUUUCACUUUUCUUUUUGACACUGUGAUAUUUGGUGAAGGGCACACUUAUGCUAAGUUCAUAGAGAAGUAGGUGUUUUUGGAACACUUGAUUUUGAUUGUGCUGAAAAAAACAUUUUGAAUGUAAGCAGGUGUAAAUAUUUCAGACGUAGGUUGCUGUUUAUUGUUUGACUACUUGUGUAUCAUUGGAGAAGUUGUAUUUUUUCUGCUUUAUUUGAGAUAUUAAAGUAUGAGUUC